GGAGGGUAUUGCAUACAGUUAAGAGUGUAACCUUUUAUAUGAGGGAGAGGGGAGCCCAAAAUGUCGUCAAGUGGGACCAUAAGUAACUAUUAUGUGGAUUCUCUCAUAGGACAUGAGAGCGAGGAGGGCUACGGGGGUAGGUUUUCCCAGGGAGGUCAGAACGCGACCUCUAGGCCAUCAGGUGACGGGGACCCUUCAGACUUCCAUCCCUGUAGCUUUGCUUCCAAAUCCGGCGUCUUCCCCACGUCCUGGUCAACGGUUCAGCCUCAACCUUCUGCAGGAAUGACAGGGAUCUACCACCCGUAUGUGGCCCAGUCCCACCUUGCAGCAGCAGCAACAGACAGCGGCAGAUACACUGUGCGCUCCUGGCUUGAUCCAAUCUCCAGCGCUGCGCCCUCCUUCUCUGAAUUCCAAGCUAACGGGCGCAACUACGGGAUCAAACCUGAGAGUGCUGCAAAGAGGACAGAGUGCUCAUCCUUUGCUUCCCAGGGACUCAGUCUGCCCGAAUACACGUGCAAUUCCUUCCCAGAAAGCACAGAGAAACCCGCGGCCAAGGAGCCUGCAGCACCCGCCAGCGAGGAGUCCAACAGCACUGAACUAAAGGAAGAGAAGGAGCAGCAAAAGCAGCAAAUUGACCCAAAUAAUCCUGCAGCCAACUGGAUCCACGCUCGCUCCACCAGGAAAAAGCGAUGCCCUUACACCAAAUACCAAACUUUGGAACUGGAAAAGGAAUUUCUCUUCAAUAUGUACCUCACCCGGGACCGCCGCUACGAGGUGGCCAGGAUUUUAAAUCUCACCGAGAGGCAAGUUAAAAUCUGGUUCCAAAACAGGAGAAUGAAGAUGAAGAAAAUGAACAAGGAAAAGGGAAAUAGGGACCAAUAACCCGUGGGGGAUGCACUGAUUUCCUUGUGUAAAAACAUGGAGCAGUUAAAUAUAAAUAUAUAUAUAUAACGGUCUUUUUUCUGCAGUAGAUGUAAAUGUGUAAUUGUGUGUGGAUUUUUUUUGUUCUGCAAACUCAGUUUAUUGUCAGUGCGCAUCGAAAGAUGCAACCUUUUAAUUUGUUCAUUUUUUAUUUUUACAAUUUACUGUGAUUGCACGUUAGGUUUCACAGGUAGGUAUUGCAAUUUUGUUCUGAGUUCUUAUACAAGAAAUUGUUGUAGGAUAGGAGAUUAAUGUACCCAGAAAAGUUAAGAGGUGCAGAUAAAAAUGCGCUGGCUGAUGUUAGCAUUAUGGCCACCCUUCAUUUAACAAAUGCUCGCAUUGGGAAACUAGGCGCAGGGUAUUUUCAACAUAUUUACACAUAAAUAGAAACCUAUAAUCUGGAUGGGCUGCUACAGAUCGAUUCUUUCCUUUGGAAAAUAUAGGAAAGGCCUAGGUUUAUAUAACAAGGAUAUUUAUUUACUUAAAAAAAAACCAACAGAUUUUCCAAAAUCAACUCAGUUUGUAAUGAAUUUAAACAUGGUGUGGAAUCUGGUUCAUAUUUUGUGCUUGUGGAUGAGAAGGUUGAUCAGAUUGGAUGAAGGCAGAGGCUGUUAUUGAGCCCAGUGCCGUUGGUUUUUGCGUAUCCUAUGUAUAAAAAUUUAAUUCGUUGGUGUAUUAGAAACAGCACAGUUUUGGGGGUAUAACCCCUUGGGGGAUUUAAGGGGCGAAUUGAUAAUAAUCUGGGGAAUUGAUAAUAAUCGUUUCUUUGAUGAUUACUGUGGCCAGUGAGGCAUUCCCGAGUUACACUGGACUGUACAAUUCUCUGGCCAAAUGUUCUUCAUGUGAAUCAGAUAUUAUUGUGGUUCUGUGUUUUUUUUAGAAGUUCCUUGAAUUUCCAUCUCGUGUUCCACAAUUCUCGCCCAAAGUUCACUUAUACACUUAUAUAUAUAUUUUAAUUCAACUGAAAGCACUGAAAUGGUUUUAUAUGUUGUGUUAUUGUGGUUUGCUUAUUGUGGUUUGCUAUGUACAAAUGACAUCCCUAGGAAUGGACAAUCUGUUGGCUGUAAUAAGGAGGAAGCUAAAUAGUUCCAGCAUCUGUGCUUGGGAAGAAUAAGAGAAUGUAAGCAUUUGGGACCCCUUCAUUGUCUUAUAAUUCUUUUAAAACAGGAAGAAGCACGGUGCAAUAAAGCCAUUUGGAUGGCUAGACGUCUGGACUUAAUGGUUUUACGACGUACCAUGGUGUUUUUUCUUUGAAACCAGUUUAUUUUGAUGUUUGUCUCAACUGACAACAAAAUCCUGAAAAACUUGGACUAUGUUUACGGUCAGUCUUUAGAAGCUUUAGACUGGGAAAAUAAUCUACAAUUGAGGACCGGCCUUACCAUUUGAACACAAAAAAUACUGAAAUGAAGAGACAAUUUUCCCCCCUUAUUGGUUAUUUACAUUUUUUUAAACAGAUCAACCUAUGCUUGGUCUUAAAAUAUUUUAAUGGAGUAGCGCGUAAAACGAAAAUAAAAUGUCUGUGAUUGUGA